AUGAGUACCCUUCCUCCGGCGCCGUCUUUUGCUGGGAAAUGGGACAACUUGAAUCCGCCGUUGACACCUUGGAUUGCAGAUGUGGUUAGAUCGUUGGGGUUUGAGCAGAUGACUCCCGUUCAAGCUAGUACGAUCCCGUUAUUCUCGAAACACAAGGAUGUCGUCGUCGAAGCCGUCACUGGCUCUGGGAAGACGCUCGCUUUCGUCAUUCCGGUAAUGGAGAAGCUUGUUCGAAGAGCGAAGAAGCUUAGACGGAACGAACUUGGUGCACUCAUCGUAUCUCCAACAAGGGAACUAGCGACUCAAAUACAUUCAGUAUUUGAUCUCUUCUACAAAGCACAACCUUCCCUCAACGUACCACCUGAUGAAACUAAAGGAGAAUUGGACGAAAGUGAGGAUGAGUCUAAGAAUGAAAGAGAAGAAGAUGAUGAUGCAGAAGAAGGAGAGGCUUCGAAACGGGAACGAUCUUCGUCUCGCUCACCUACCCCACCACCACCACCACCUAAACCUGAAUAUCCACCACCUCUGCUCGUCGUUGCUGGAACGAAUUCCAACCCCUUCAAAGAUAUGAAACGGUUUUUUGAAACGGAAGCAGACAUCAUCAUUGGUACACCUGGUCGUAUCGAGGAAUUGUUGUUGAAAAAUGGUUUGAACAGUAUUAGUGUGAAGGAGCUGGAGGUAUUGGUACUUGAUGAAGCUGAUAGAUUGCUUGACUUGGGUUUCUCGCCUUUUCUCACACAAUUAUUGUCCCAUCUACCUAAACAACGUCGGACUGGUCUCUUCAGUGCUACGAUGUCAGACGGACUUUCGGAGUUAAUCCGUAUGGGUCUACGAAAUCCGGUUCGGAUCGUUGUUAAGAUCGAGUCGAAGAAGUUGAUUAAAGGAGGGAAGGGCGGGAAGCGGAAGGUGGAUGAUGACGAUGCGUCAUUCGGGGACGUUAUCGAGACGAAUGAGAGGAGAGUACCAGCAAGUCUCGAACUUGCUUAUAUCGCCUGUGCAACAUCUGAGAAGACGCUUCAAUUGAUUCGGUUACUGAGACAUGAAUCCGUAAAUCCUGGAGGGGAAUCUUCGAGGUUCAUCGUCUACUUUGCAACGUGCGCCACUGUCGAUUACUUCUUUAGCGUUUUUUCUAAACUGCCUCUACUCAAAUCUUUCACACUAUACGGACUUCAUGGCCGUCUCCAAGCAGAUAAACGAACUCGCGUCCUUCAGUCUUUCGUCUCGCAUCCUUCAACCACCACGAACCCUUCCGUAUUACUCUGUACAGAUGUCGCAGCUCGGGGACUCGACUUGCCCGAUGUGGACGUCGUCGUUCAAUUCGAUCCACCCCAGGAUACCAAAGGUUUUAGCCAUCGUGCUGGACGAACGGCACGAGCUGGACGAAAGGGGAAAGCGUUUGUGUUGUUGUGCACAGAAGGGAGGGAGCUGGAAUACCUUGACUUGUUGGCGGUUCGCAAGAUACCAUUAAAGGAACGUCCGUAUUUGGGGCGACCUGAAUCAGAUGGGCACCCCUCCGGGUCUUCAUCCUCGGAACAGGGGACUACCAUCGACCCUGCCGCUCCAGAGUUACGCCGGGAAAUUCAACAAAUCGUAGCUCAGGACCGCGCCUUGCAUGAUAAAUCCGUCAGAGCAUUCGUCUCCUUUGUUCGUGCAUACUCCAAACACGAAGCUACCUACAUUUUCCAGUUAAAAGACCUCGACCUCAUCGGUGUCGCCGAGUCAUUUGGCCUUUUGAAAUUGCCCAGAAUGCCCGAACUGAAAGAGAGGAUGCAGAAGGACGAGUCAUAUGGGAACAGGUGGGAGGCGGUAGACAUGAAUUGGGAUACCUAUGCUUAUGCGGAUAAGGGCCGCGAAGAGCAGCGCCUUAUCGCAUUGACCUCCAAGGAAGAGAUAGAUGCUAAGAAACGGAAAGAAAUGGAGGCUAGGCGAGAACAGAAGCGAAGGAGUGCACCUUGGUCUAGCAAAGUUGCGGCGAAAGAAAAUCGAAAAAUCCGGAGAGAGAAGAGACAGAAGAAGAGAGAGCGAGAGAAGGAACGCAGAGAACAGGUAGCUGCUGCUAGUGGUGGUGGUGGUGGUGGUGAGGAAGUCUCCGCACCUGUUGGCGAUGGUGACGAGGAUAUGAGUGAAGGGGAAGAGAAGGACGAGAAGGGAGAAGGGCACGGGGGCUCCGAUGCUGGUGGAGACACGGAGGCUGAUUGGGCAGAGCUCAAAAAGGAGAAACAAAGGUUAAACCGUCCGGGACCAAUGGUUGUUUCGUCGGCUUUUGAUGAUUUAUGAAUUUCUUCAUUACAUACAACAAAGCAGGAAAUGCAUGGAGGAAUCUUUCAUGAUCCACACUGCACAUUAUAGUCCAUUGGACAGUUCCGCUUUGUAAGUGCAUUCGUUUCGCCCAGGCUUCAGGAAACGUGGACGUUAUAG